CCACCGUCCCUGGCUGUCCCCCAAUUGCGCUUCCCCGCCCCACCCCCGCGGCCGAGCCGCCACUGGUGUGGCGGUCUCCGCUUGGCGGAAGGGCCUUGAGCGGUCACCCGACCCCUCUCCACAGCCUCUUUGCAUCUCGGAUUUCGGGGCGACACCCUCCCCCCACGCCUCCCUGCCUCUUUGCGCCCUGAUUUUUCUGCGUUUCGCUUGGGUUUUGUAGCCGUCUAUUUUUGCAUCUUUUUUUUUUUGCUUUUAGGAGGUUUAGGGGGUGAAGCUGCAUUCGCACCCCUUCCCCUUUUUAUCCUCCCCUGCUCUGACAACACCCCUUUUCCUCGCAGUCGGGGGGCCUAGGAUCAGUGUACCCUACGCCGCGCUGCCAGCACCCCGCAGCGCGUGGCCGCGCACCCCGGAAUUUGCAGCAGCUGCAUAUCUAAGGGGGCUCCCCUUCGCCCCUGCUGCCUUUGCUCGCCGCGCGUUCCAGUGUGUGGGGGUCUUCAGCGCGCCGCACCUCAGCUUCGCCGCAGCCCCCUCGCCCCGCGCGGGACUCGCCCCCCGCCAUCAAGAUGGUCAUCCAGAAAGAAAAGAAGAGCUGUGGGCAGGUGGUUGAGGAGUGGAAGGAGUUCGUGUGGAACCCGAGGACGCACCAGUUCAUGGGCCGCACUGGAACCAGCUGGGCCUUUAUCCUCCUCUUCUACCUCGUCUUCUAUGGCUUCCUCACGGCCAUGUUCACCCUCACCAUGUGGGUGAUGCUGCAGACUGUCUCUGACCAUACGCCCAAGUACCAGGACCGACUGGCCACACCGGGCUUGAUGAUUCGCCCCAAGACUGAGAACCUGGAUGUCAUUGUCAACGUCAGUGACACUGAAAGCUGGGACCAGCAUGUUCAGAAGCUCAACAAGUUCUUGGAGCCUUACAACGACUCCAUCCAAGCCCAAAAGAAUGAUGUCUGCCGCCCUGGGCGCUAUUACGAACAACCAGAUAACGGAGUCCUCAACUACCCGAAACGUGCCUGCCAAUUCAACCGGACCCAGCUGGGUGACUGCUCCGGCAUCGGGGACCCCACCCACUAUGGUUACAGCACUGGGCAGCCCUGUGUCUUCAUCAAGAUGAACCGGGUCAUCAACUUUUACGCAGGAGCAAACCAGAGCAUGAAUGUUACCUGUAUGGGGAAGCGAGAUGAAGAUGCUGAGAAUCUCGGCAGCUUUGUCAUGUUCCCUGCCAACGGCAACAUUGACCUCAUGUACUUCCCAUACUACGGCAAAAAGUUCCACGUGAACUACACGCAGCCCCUGGUGGCCGUGAAGUUCCUGAAUGUGACCCCCAACGUGGAGGUGAACGUGGAAUGCCGCAUCAACGCGGCCAACAUCGCCACAGAUGAUGAGCGAGACAAGUUUGCCGGCCGAGUGGCCUUCAAACUUCGCAUCAACAAAACCUGAGGUCCCUAUUUCCUGCCCCCACCUCUUUCCUCUGGAUGCUUCUGGAAUGUCCCUGACCCUGCCUGAUCCCUCCCUCACCCACCCCAAAGGUAUUUUUUAUAACUGAGCUAUGACUUGUCUGAGCCUCACACCCUUUUCCUUUACUUCUGAGCCCAACCUGGUGUCCACUGUGAUUCUCUGCCUAUACGUGUUUCCCACCAUCUUCUCCUGAUCCUAGCUCAGUCAGAGACAGGGAGAUGGAAUCCCAAGAUGGUCAGAGGAGUUAGGAGCCAUUCUGGUUCUGGCUUAGCUGUGAGUGGACUGUCCCCACAGCUACCCACCUUUCCUGCCCUUCUAUCCCCUGAGAGAGCUAUAGAAAAAGCCCACCCACCCACCUUCACACUCACCCACCCCCGCACUCACCCACCCACCUUCACUCCCACCCACCUUCACACU